GGUUUUCAUUGCUCCCUUGCUCUCUUCCCCAGUGCUGAACGAGUUGCUAUUUUAAUGGAUCGUUCCCGGACCUCAGACAGCAGUGCCCAGCCUACAACACCAACUGACAACAUCAACCUUGGACCUUCUGCUAACCCAAAUGCCAAGCCAACAGACUUUGACUUCUUGAAGGUUAUUGGCAAAGGAAGCUUUGGAAAAGUUCUCCUGGCCAAACGCAAGUGUGAUGGGACUUUUUAUGCUGUGAAAGUCUUGCAUAAGAAAACCAUCCUAAAGAAAAAGGAGCAAAACCACAUCAUGGCAGAACGCAACGUGCUUCUGAAAAAUGUCAAGCACCCCUUCCUGGUGGGCCUCCAUUACUCCUUCCAGACCUCGGAGAAGCUUUACUUUGUGCUUGAUUAUGUAAAUGGGGGAGAGCUCUUCUUCCACUUGCAAAGAGAGCGUUGUUUCCGUGAGCCCCGUGCAAGAUUCUAUGCUGCAGAAGUUGCUAGUGCAAUUGGUUACCUGCAUUCCUUAAACAUCAUCUAUAGGGAUUUAAAACCUGAGAACAUCCUCCUGGAUUGCCAGGGACAUGUGGUGUUGACAGAUUUUGGACUCUGCAAGGAAGGAAUGGAGGAAGAGGAGACUACCUCUACGUUUUGUGGCACUCCUGAGGUAUGGCCCAUGUUGGAGCUCUGCUAUGAGCUGAGGGUGAGAACCUCCUUGAUACAGGGAGCCUGAUAACAUGGAAAUGAUCAUAUGUGAGACCAGACUUGAUGUGCUGCUUGUCCUGCAGGGCCACAUGAAUGCUUACCUGUUGCACCUGGGCUCUGAGUAGUUUCAUUGUUUUGGAUAGGUCUACUGGGUAUGGAAACUGCAACCAUCUCAAAACGACAGUGAGGGACAGGUUUGCUGUUGGUGGGUGGGCAAUCACUGUACAAACUGUUUCUAGAAAGAAAGCACUCUGUAGCCCAGGAAAACAAUUU